AUGAAGGCCACACCAGAACGCUGCUCCGACGACGACUUCACCUUCUUUGACCCACCACGCAUGCCUACGCCAACGCCUCUUGAACCCGAAGCCGCUAAUGGUCGACCUUCUUCCAAGCGUCGCCGCGUGGAGAUCGAGGAAGUAGCGAGUGACGACACAGUCUUUGUCGAGACGUUUCCGUCGGAAUCGGCAGGUGCUUGGGUUGAGGAGAAGUCAGGAAGGACUCCGUUUGAAUUGCAUCGAGACGCACAGAGAGCGAAAGGUCUCCCGCCAUGGGCACCCUACGACUCUCUGGAGGAUUGGGAACUCGCUUCCUGGUUGAUAAAGUCUGGGGUUAGCCAAAGCCGAAUCGACUCAUUCUUCAAGCUUCGCAAGAUCAAGGAUGGCGCAAACCCGUCAUCUCACAACAAGCGAUCAUUCUUCCAGAAGAUCGAUUCGCUGCCGAGCAGGCCACGAUGGAUCUGCGAUACGUUUGGCGUCGAAGGCGAUCUCCUCGAUGUUGAAGGAGAACCGAUGGUGGAGGAGGCAGAGCUGUGGCGGCGAAACCCUGUGGACCUCGUGGCGGACUUGUUGGGGAAUCCAUCGUUCGCGAACGACACUCAUUACAGACCUGAGAAGAUUUAUACGAUGAAGAAUGGGAGAAGAGUCAGGUGGUUUGGGGAGAUGUGGACCACGGAUUGGUGGUGGGAGGGCCUGAUAUCGAAGAUCCACCCUGACGCCACAGUGGCGCCCGUUAUACUCGCCUCCGACAAGACAGCACUCUCUACUUUCAGCGGCGACAAAGAGGCUUGGCCUGUGUAUCUCUCCGUAGGUGGUAUUGAUAGCCAUGUUCGUCGCGCUCCGUCAAAACGGGCCACUUUACUGCUUGGCUACAUCCCUCACCUGAAGCUCGAAUGCUUCUCAGAGUCUCGCAGAUCAGUCGAGGGGCACCGCCUGUUCCACGAAUGUAUGCGCAAAAUGCUCGAGCCGUUAAUGGAGGCGGGGAAGAAUGGCAUCAGAAUGACUUGCUCCGAUGGCGGAAUUCGUCGAGUCUUCCCCAUUCUUGCCGCCUACAUUGCAGACCAUCCUGAACAAUGCCUUAUUACUUGCAUUAAGGAGAGUCGUUGCCCACGAUGUACAGUCCCUGCCGACCAGCGUGGCUCGCCCGUACACUCCGUUCUUCGGGAUCCAGAAAAAACGUUGAAGACCCUCGACGAGCAAAGGAAGGGCUACAAGCCACGAGCCUUUGUCGACGAGGGUCUUCAACCGGUUCUUCCGUUUUGGUCUGAUCUUCCCUACUGUGAUAUCUUCUCCUGCAUCACACCUGACAUCCUGCACCAGCUUCACAAGGGUGUAUUUAAGGAUCAUAUCGUCAGCUGGGCCACCGCUGCUAUGCCGGGCCAAGCGGACGAACUCGACGCUCGAUAUAUGUCAAUGCCGAGCCAUCCCUCCUUACGCCACUUCAGGCGCGGGAUCUCUCUGGUGACGCAGUGGACCGGGAACGAGUACAAGAACAUGCAGAAGGUGUUCUUGGCUGCGAUCUCUGGUUCCUCUGAUCCAGAGGUCAUUCUGACCGUGCGAGGUGUUCUCGAUUUCAUCUACUACUCCCAUUUUGAGAUGCAUUCCGAUGAAUCGCUGGAGGAGAUGGAUCGCGCUUGGCAGUUAUUCCAUGCGCAUAAGAAAGUGUUCAUCGAGCUGGGGCUUCGGAAGCAUUUCAACAUUCCGAAGAUCCACUCCAUGAAACACUACAUCCCGUCCAUUCGCUCUCGUGGCCCAGCACCUGGCUUCAACACAGAGGGAUCCGAGCGCCUCCACAUCGAGUACGCAAAGCUCGGCUAUCGUGCUUCCAACAAAAAGGCGUACCUUCGGCAAAUGGCUAAGUGGCUUCAACGCCAGGAAGCCGUUCAUCGCUUCGAGUGUUAUCUCGAGUGGGCACUUCCGGGAUAUAUGGCUGGAUCAGGGGAGGGUGACGCGGAGGAAGAAAGUGACGAGGGAAACUUCAGCGACACCACUGUGGCUCGACGUGCGGUCUCGGAGUCGUUGAUGGCAUCAACGUCAUCAAUAUCCGCCUAUAAGAUCGCACGGAGUGCCCCUCUCCAAGUUUCCGUCGCUGAUCUCGAAUUGAACUAUGGCGCAGAGGACUUUCUCCGUGUCUUAUCCCGGUUCUUACAGCAAUACGGUCUACGUUCACUCUCCUCCGACAUAUCAUCCCGCACUUGCUUCCCGGUCUUCAAACGAUUCUACCUGUGGCUUCCUCAGAUCGAUGAAAUUUCGCCUACGAGGAAGAAAGAUACGAUUCGCGCCACACCGUACAUACCUCGUCACAAGCACACACCCGCCGCGCCCGCUCGAUUCGACCCUGUGCUCGUUUGGGAGCGUGUUCCCUCUUCACAUCUACCCAGCCAGCAUCCUCUGAGUAGGCUUCGGGUGGCGCAGGUUCGGUGUAUAUUCAGCCUACCGGAAGAAUUUGGCCCGUUUAAGACCCCCUUGGCCUACGUUCAAUGGUUCACUCCACUCCGCGAAGCCGAUCCUAUCUCUGGGAUGCAUAUCGUCUCGCGCUCGACACGACAACAUCAGCGAUUCGCCACUGUCAUCCCCAUUACUGAGAUCGCACGCAGCUGUCUUCUCACUCCGAAACCGCGUCAAUCCCAUAUACCUCGCACUUGGACAACGGAUAAUGUUGUCGAAGAGUGCGAGACCUUUUUCCUUAAUCCUUAUCUGCGGGAUGAUGAUUUUUACUUUCUACGGCACCUUCCUGCGCUUUAUAAACGUCGUCAUCUGUAG